CUUCUUCACCGUAUCACUGCACGGCCGCGCAAAAAUGUGCAGCGCCACAAAUGCAGCAUUCCCCAUGCCCGUGCGGUUUAAUUGUAGCAGAGGAUGGCUAGCCUAUAGGACACAGCGAUGCCGAUGAGGCGGAGGAGCACGAGGUCCGUCGCCCCUUCGCCGACCACCUCUCCGUCGCCGUCUGGCCGCCGAGAACCGCAGCCCCCGUCCCGGCUUCUUCCCCAGUGGAAGUUUUCCCAGGUCCUCGGCGAACUGCCGCCCGCCGCCGCCGACGCCCACCGCGACGGCGCUCCCCGUCCCCAGGAUGACGACGCGGACGAAAUUUCGGCCAUCGAGUUCGACGGCCGCGGCGAGUACCUGGCCGCCGGUGACAACGCCGGGCGCGUCAUCCUCUUCCGGAGGACCGACGACGGCGACGGCGCGCUGCUGCGGUCUCGUGCCGAGCUUGAGCGCGCGGAUCGUGCCGGCGGAGCACCGCCGCCGCCGAGGUACAGCUACGCGACGGAGUUCCAGAGCCACGUGCCGGAGUUUGACGUGAUGCACAGCUUGGAGAUCAGCGAGAAGAUCAAGAGGGUGAGGUGGUGCGCGCGGCCCAACAGCUCCCUGCUCAUGCUCGCCGCCAAUGACCGUACGGUCAAGCUCUGGAAGGUCUCCGAACACAAGAAGGCGCCGAAGAAAGGGAGCGAUCGGCCGCAGCGCUGGGGCACCACGGCGGCGUUGUCUCUGCAAGAACCGUAUUAUUCUGAAUCUGAAUGGGCAGCCAUGGAGCCGAGGGGUUCGUCUGGAGACCCUGCAGACGAACGUCCUGAAAAGGUAGGCGAUGUCGGAGAUGGGUACUCUGCGAAAUGCCGGAGAGUCUUCGGCCGGGCUCACGAGUUCAACAUCCACUCUGUCUCGAAUAACUGCGAUGGAGGUCAAUGCUUGUUCAUGUACAGCGACGGCGAGACGUUCGUGUCCGCGGACGACGUGAGGAUCAACCUGUGGCACCUGGAGGUGACGAGCCAGUGCUUCAACAUCGUGGACAUGAGGCCCGCGGACAUGGAGGAUCUCGUAGAGGUGAUCACCACGGCGGAGUUCCACCCGUCGUCCUGCAGCCUGUUGGCCUACGGCAGCUCCAGCGGCCUCGUCCGGCUGGUCGACCUGCGGCGAUCGGCGCUGUGCGACCAGAGCGUGAGAAUAUUCCAGGACCGCGAGAACCGCCCUCAGCCCAGCACAUUUUUUACUGAGAUAAUAUCUUGCAUCACCGAUCUAAAGUUCACAGGCGACGGACAAUACCUUCUAACUCGCGACUACAUGAACCUCAAACUCUGGGACCUGCGCGUGGAAACCUCACCCGUCGCAACAUACAAAGUGCACGAGUUCCUUCGCCCAAAGCUGUCGGAGCUGUACACCGACGACUACAUUUUCGACAGGUUCAGCUGCUGCGCAAGCAAGGAUGGCGCCUACUUCGCUACUGGAUCUUACAGCAAUACCUUCAAAGUUUUCUCCCGUGCUGCUGCGCAGACAAGCGGCACUACGUUGGAAGCUAGCACCAACCCUUACAGGAUACAAUUACAGGCUCCUACAAAGCUUCCAGCGCUGCUCAGCAAUUUCCCUCUUGGAGUUAAUAGAAAAGGUCAUGAUGGUCCGAGGUCCGACGGCAAGGAGGAAGUUUCAUGCAACAUGGCAUCAAAGGUGAAGCAUCUAGCAUGGCACCCGGCAGAAAACAUCAUAGUUUGUGCAGCCAAUAACAACUUGUACAUGUACCAUACAUAAGCAUACUCCAGUUAUGUGUACAGACCACAGAACAGCAUUCAAAACUAAACUGAUGCCAGAAAAGAAUAUGCUUUUCCAUGUUACACUGCAUGUUAUGGGCAGGAUAUUGAACUGACCGUACACUGCUCAGGAUCUUCAGCAGAUCAUAGAAAGGAAAAGAUACUCACUCUUGUAACCUCCUUGACUGUCCUUUCUGCUCCUCAAGAUAUCCUUGCAAUAUUCCUGAAUAUCGAACUAUCGAAGGAUUGACCUGCAACUCGGACUUGCUUUAUGCAUUGAACAGACUGGAAGCACGGAAGGGGAAUGACUGAAAGUACUGUUCGCUGAUUUGUUAUGAGAGAAAAACACUGUUCAAUGAUUGACAGAUUCGACAGAUAAGCUCAAGCAAACUGGUUUUCAGCUGGAGUUCCAGUUUUGAAAGGAUUUCCCAAGUUCCUGUUACAGUAAUAGUCGGUUUCCCAAGUCUGUUUCCAGUUCCCUCUAUGUGUAUAUCAAUUUUGGGUGGUAAUGAUGACAUCGAUUCUUUGAUAUGAUUCCCAAAUGGAUAAUCGCGUCCUGUGGCAGAUCCUAUCUUUCUCGAAUCAGCAGUUGCGAAGGUCUCAAAGCUAUGAAUUCCAGCAGUCUUCAGAGCCUGAGGUGGCAAGUGACUCAAGAAUUAAUUAUGCUGGCUGCAGAUACAGCAGUGGCUACAUAACAAUAAACAAUCACAAAAUUAAUAACCUUUGCUGUUACAAUUCCAAUCCCAGGCAGUUGUUUCAGCAGAAAUGGACUGCUCUUCCCAGCUUUUGAUGUAGACUAUUUGCAAGGAUCAUAGAAUUUAUGGCAGAUCUGUAGUUCUUUUUGUA